GGAGUGGAAAAGAGAGUUCGGCUUGCAGCACUGAAAUGUAAACAGUGGAAAGCGAGACAGAGUAUAAAGCCUUUAUGCUCUGAACAGCAAGCAGCACACAGCGAGCUCUCGUGGCUCUUGUAACAUACCUUUUGCACAUCUAGCUGUGCUGUUCUUGAUGAACAGAAGCAGACCCUUCGGAGAAUCUCCUGCCUGUGGAUAUAAAUAGGGGGCAAUUGGGAUGCGCUAGCUUUCUCCACCACUGCAGCUCCUUCGUGCUCUGCACCGUAGCUCGGACGGGGCAAUGGAAAUGAACAUGAAGAAGUUCACAGUGCGGCGGUUCUUCUCAGUGUAUCUCCGCAAGAAGUCUCGGUCGAAGAGCUCGAGCCUAAGUAGAUUUGAGGAAGAAGGAAUCGUGAAGGAAAUAGACAUCAGUCAUCAUGUGAAGGAAGGUUUUGAAAAAGCAGAUCCUUCUCAGUUUGAGCUGCUGAAAGUAUUAGGACAAGGUUCAUAUGGAAAGGUAUUUCUAGUGAGGAAGAUCAAAGGAUCUGAUGCGGGUCAGCUUUAUGCCAUGAAGGUACUUAAGAAAGCAACUCUGAAAGUUCGGGAUCGGGUACGAUCAAAAAUGGAGAGAGAUAUUUUGGCAGAAGUGAAUCAUCCUUUCAUAGUCAAGCUUCAUUAUGCAUUUCAAACAGAGGGGAAGUUGUAUCUAAUACUAGAUUUCCUGCGGGGAGGGGACCUUUUCACAAGACUCUCCAAAGAGGUGAUGUUUACAGAAGAGGAUGUCAAGUUCUACUUAGCUGAGCUGGCCUUGGCUUUAGACCACCUCCAUGGUCUUGGAAUUAUUUACAGGGAUCUAAAACCAGAAAACAUUCUUCUUGAUGAAGAGGGCCACAUUAAGAUAACAGAUUUUGGUCUGAGUAAAGAAGCCAUCGACCAUGACAAGAGAGCAUAUUCGUUCUGUGGGACAAUAGAGUAUAUGGCCCCAGAGGUGGUCAACCGACGAGGACACACACAGAGCGCAGACUGGUGGUCUUUUGGUGUACUCAUGUUUGAGAUGCUGACAGGAUCAUUACCGUUCCAGGGAAAAGAUAGAAAGGAGACGAUGGCUCUCAUUCUCAAAGCCAAGCUGGGAAUGCCACAGUUCUUGAGCAUAGAAGCCCAGAGUCUGCUGCGAGCCCUCUUCAAAAGGAACCCGUCCAACAGAUUAGGUGCUGGAUUCGAUGGAGUUGAAGAAAUUAAACGUCAUCCUUUCUUUAUUACCAUAGACUGGAAUAAACUAUAUAGGAAAGAAAUCAAGCCGCCUUUCAAGCCAGCAGUGGGACGGCCAGAAGACACCUUUCAUUUUGAUCCAGAGUUCACGUCUCGGACCCCCACAGAUUCCCCAGGCGUUCCUCCAAGUGCCAAUGCUCAUCAUCUUUUCAGAGGGUUCAGCUUCGUCGCCUCUAACUUGGUGCAGGAACCUGCACAGCAAGAUGUGCACAAAAUCACAGUUCAUCCAAUUGUGCAGCAGUUACAUGGGAACAAUAUUCACUUUACAGAUGGAUAUGAGAUCAAGGAGGACAUAGGAAUUGGCUCCUAUUCAGUGUGCAAGCGAUGUGUUCAUAAAGCAACAGAAACAGAAUUUGCAGUGAAGAUAAUUGAUAAGAGCAAGAGAGACCCCUCUGAAGAGAUUGAGAUCCUCUUGCGAUAUGGACAGCAUCCAAACAUCAUUACUCUGAAGGAUGUCUAUGAUGAUGGGAAAUAUGUGUACCUGGUGAUGGAGCUGAUGCGAGGGGGUGAGCUCCUGGACCGCAUUCUUCGGCAGAAGUGUUUCUCAGAGCGAGAAGCAAGUGCUGUGCUAUGUACCAUCACCAGGACCGUGGACUACCUGCAUUCCCAGGGAGUGGUGCAUCGAGAUUUGAAGCCAAGUAAUAUCCUCUACAUGGAUGAAUCAGGAAACCCAGAUUCCAUCAGGAUCUGUGACUUUGGGUUUGCCAAACAACUGAGAGCAGAGAACGGACUGCUCAUGACUCCAUGCUACACCGCCAACUUUGUUGCCCCUGAGGUCCUUAAACGCCAAGGUUACGAUGCAGCUUGUGACAUCUGGAGCUUAGGGAUCCUACUGUAUACCAUGUUGGCAGGGUUCACUCCUUUUGCAAAUGGACCAGAUGACACCCCGGAAGAGAUUCUGGCCAGGAUUGGCAGUGGCAAAUAUGCACUUACGGGAGGAAACUGGGAUUCAGUAUCUGAUACUGCAAAGGAUAUUGUGUCUAAGAUGCUUCACGUAGACCCUCAUCAGCGCCUCACAGCAGUCCAAGUAUUAAGACAUCCAUGGAUAGUGAACAGAGAGUAUCUGUCUCAAAAUCAACUCAGCAGACAGGAUGUUCACUUGGUGAAGGGUGCAAUGGCAGCCACUUACUUUGCUUUAAACCGAGCACCUCAGGCACCAAGGCUGGAGCCUGUAUUGUCCUCCAAUUUGGCUCAGCGGAGGGGCAUGAAAAGACUUACCUCAACCAGGUUGUAGCAGUACCCCCAAAACGCCUCUUUGAAAAUCCACAGUUUAUUAUUUGAGAGGUUCAUCUUCACUCGGUUAGUAGAACUUUUUUGGACAACUUGCACAUGAGAUCACCAGAACAAGCAGAAGCCCAGCAUAAGGCAAAGUUCUCCUUUCUAUCAUUUCUUUUACAUUCCAGCCAGGAUCCUGAGUUUAACAACUUCUCAAAGAUGUGCCAAUUUUGCUGGUAGCUCUAUUUCCUUACUGAGAGAAAGCCAAAUAAAGUAGGUGCGUUCCAUCCUUCCCACCCUAGAAAAUACUAUUUUUGAGUCCUUAAGAUGUUCCAUGAGAACAUAGUUUUCAUUUUCUUUUUCAAGAAAAGCACUUUUUGGUAUGAAGAAUGCAGUUGGGUUUGAAUGUUCAGCUGUUCCAGAAGGCGAUAUGAAGAAGUGGCCCAGCCAGUCAUCUACUGACCUGCUGCAAAUGGAGUUCCCCCAAAGAAGAGCGAAGGCUGUGGAGACACAUAUAUAAUACCUUACUUGAAACAAGUGCUGUCUAAUAUGAAGGAGGGAGAGUUGUCAAUGGCGAAAAUACCUUCUGAUGUAAAGAAAUCUUUUGCACUUUGCAACUGCCCUCUGUGGAACAGUCAGCAGUGCUCUAGGAGCACAUGCCACGAGCCCUGACUUAUGCAAAGGUUGGGCCCUCUGAGAGCAGAAAAUCUCCAAGAAACAUCUUCUGAGGAGAUUACGGAGACUUAUGAGACUGUGGGAAAGCAUUCACUCUAAAUGGUAUGAGUAGGAGCCUAUGGAUCAGGGGAGGAAAGGUAUCUGGUCUCAGCCACAUCCUGCUAGUGCGCAGAAGGUCUAGGAAAGCUACAUGAGAGAGCUGGGAAACUAAGCAGCCAAGGAGAGGCUUGGGUGAGUCUAAGGACAGCAGGCAAAAAGACCCAUGGCAGUGUAGUAGGGAGCGUCACUGAAGGAAACUAACUUGCACAAGCUUAGGGGCCAAACCGGGAUUCCCUUUAAAAGUGACAGAACGUCCUUCUUGGGUGGCUUAUACUGAAGGGUAUCAGUGGGUUACUGGGCUGAAGAGGGCCAGGUGGCAUAGAGCAGCUGUCCUCCCACACCGCCCACUGCAUCCGCUCGAGAUCUGCUCUGGCUGCCCGAAGCUGCUAUCCUGAAGUAACCAAGGCCAUUUUCGGUCAUCGCUCUCUGCCCUUUCCUGGCUGCUCACCUGAGUCCUCCUCAGUCACAUAACACUCAGCGUCCCCGGCUCCUCUGCUCUAACAGAGCUAAAUGCCCUACGUUAUGUGUGUGCAAAGAAUACCCACUUUUGAAGAGUCCAGCUAACUCUGUUACAAGCUUUGGUAAUACUAAAUUAGGAGGAGAAACAGAAGAAUACCAUGCUUACAUACAUAUAUAUAUACCUAGAUAUGUGUAUAUAUGUGUGUGUGUGUGUUGGUGUGACAGAAGCCCUAUGCCCCAAUAUCUGUAUUUUUCAGGUAUAGGGAAAAAAAACUGUUGAAAAAAUCUUAGGACUUUUCUCAUUCUCUGAUUUUAAAGAAAGUGAGCGAGGUUUGUGAUGCUGGAUGUGAAAUAUUUUUUUAUUCUUAUCCCUCUUGGCCUAUGGUGGUCACAAGCUGACCAGGAUUCUUUUUAGUGCUUUUCUUAAUUUUUUGUUUUCCAAGUAAAUUUUGUCACCUCAAAUGCUUUGUGGGAGCAGCUAGUGUGCUGUUGGCUUUUCUUUUUGUUGUGAAGGAAAAAAAAGAAAAAUGUGAACAUGGAACUUCAUAUGCUUUUGGAGAUUUUGAUUUGUCUUGCUGGGUAGUUUGUGCAUCUUGGUGCUGGACUGGAAUCACCAGAUCAUUGCCUCAGAGUGUGCAAGAGAAGAAGGAGUUGCAUUUGCUGUAGCAAUAUGCUUCCUAAAACUACCUAUGUUCUCAUCCUGAUCUGAACUUUAUGCUUGUUUGCAUUAGUCUAUUUUUAAAUUUAAAUUUAUUCUUAAUAAUUUAAAUCAAUAUUUAAUGUUCAGGUUAAUGUGCUGUGCACACAGAAAUGCUGCAAAGCAGCUCUCCUUGAAGCCCUUCUUUUUUUUUAGAAUAAACAAUGCUGUGAAUAAAUUGGUUUGAAUUGAUGUGUGCAAACAUGCACAGGUGUUUGUCCACAUUUCUGUACACAGCAGCCCUUAUUCUCUACUCUGGCUAAGUUGCGCUCAGUAUCAGCUUUUUGCUGCCUUUACACUUUUCCUCUUGUUAGAAGUUAUUUGAAGUCUUACAUAUUUCUGCUGUCAACACACACUGAGAGGCUAGUCCGGAGGCAUGAGAUCCUGGGUAAUGCGGAAAUGCUCUGGCUAGGUCUCUUAUCCCUAGAUUUCUGUCUUGGAGGAAGGCAAGAUAGGUACAAAGAUGCUAAGGUGAAUCUGGAGGGUGGGCUGGAUUUUCUGAGGUCCCAAUUGAUUUGAGCUGUUUCAAAAAAAUGUAUUUUUAAUGGCCAGUGUAAUUGUGUUGUAUAUGGGCAGAAAGAGUAUUGUAAAUAUUAUGUACAGUUUUUGUCUCUCCCUAAGAUUUACUGGUCGUCUUUCACUGCUUAAGUUUGCUUUUUCUUUAUAACAAAUGGGAACAGCAAAUUCAUCAGUUUGAUCCCCUCUUGAUAUACUCGGUAUUAACUUUUUGAACAUUUUAAAAAAUCUGAAUAUUGUCGUAGGCCAAGCUUACAGGGUGCCACUCUUCCAGAAGUUUAAUGGUUUGAAUCCAUUCCUGAGUUCGCACUUUCUAACCCACGAGCCAGUAACUAUACAAAGAUUGGGCCAACUACAGAAUGUUCUAUGUUGAUGCUCAUUAAUUUUUUUUGCUUUAUAAGCAUAUAAUUGAGAUACAGUGGUUUUGCUUAUUCAGAUUUUCUUGUCAUUGCAUCCAGAUGUAUGCACAUGUGUGUAUAUGUAAAUACAUAUACAAACAUGUGCUGUCCCAGCUUGUCCAAAUGAGAAUACAAGGGCAGUCAGUGCUUGGAGGGAUGCUUUGAAGGAGUUUUGUCUGCAGUAUUCUUGGAAAUCUAUCAUUAAAAAUGGCAAUCAUUACGUGGGGUGGGGGUAGGUGUGUGUCCAGCACACGAGCAUUGUGACCAUGGAAGAAGUUAUCGCUUGCACCCUUGCCCAGAUGCCCACUGCGUAGCCCUGCACUCCCUCAAGGAGGUCACCCCCGCAGCCUUGCGACCGGACACGCUCCUGGGAGGUUGUCCUGACUUAUUGCAGUCAAGAUGAACCAAUUAAACCGUUUCCACAGUCAGUCUUGCUGAUCCAGUUCCCUUGGACUAAAACGCAAGAGCUUCCAUCAGCAAAUCCAAGGGACAGUCGCUCCUGGCAGAGGGAGGAAUAAGCAAUUUGCGUUCAUUGCUUCAGACUGAUAGCAACCACCACUUCCCCCAGCACAGCUGGUUCCAGAAGAUGCAUGGCCCUGGCCUAAUUAUUGCUACAGCUGCUUUUGUACCAGCAGCCCCUUUCCAGGCUCCUUGCUAAAGUAUGGCUCGGCAGUAAGCAUUUAUUCUUUCUAGGAGAAAACUUAAUUGAAAAAGGCUUAGCCUCUCUCUAUAUAUACAUAUAUAUUUUUAAUCUUUAGGGACUUGUACUAGGUGUUAUGUUCUAACUCCUGUAAGUCUAAAAACCACUUUCAACUAGAUAAUACCAUCUUGCUGGCGAUUAGUCCACCAAGUGACCUAGUGCCUUAGGCUGUUAAAAAAUAGGUUAGUGAAAUUUCUGAAGCAUGAAAGCGUGCAAAGCAAUGACAGUCCAAGGAGUGCUAAAGCGUGUCUGGCACAGAUGUAGUCAGCUCAUCUGGAGAGCCCCUCUGAAGGCUGUUGCUCAGUGAGGCCAGCCCAGCCCUGACAAGGCAUCUCUCCACAUUUUGCAGAGCUUGGCCAAGGGCUUUGCAGGUGCAGAAUGGCCCUGAUGCAGUGGGAAGAGGUGCCCCUGUUCCUGCACAGCAGCACAGCUUGUGAGUACGGCAGAGGUGUGGGAGACAGUGCUCGCAGGCAGAGCUGACCUCCGCCCCAGUCCCUCAUGAUUUUGUACCUAUUUAAAAUCUGCUUAAUUUUUUUAAGCAAGUUAUAACUUCAGAUAUGUAUUUAUAUGCAUAUAUUUAUAAAGCCUGACUGCUGUAUCAAAACACGAGUGACCCUCACAGGCACUGCGUAAGGAAUCUCUACAUCGAGGGGGGGAAAAAAAAGAUAAUAGAUGCUAAUUUGCUUCUCCAACAAUUCAGCAAGAGCAGCUCCCUGAGGAUUCACUGGGGUCCUGUGAACAAUCCAGCACAGGCAGCUGGCUGAAGUGGCUCGUGGGUGUGAACCGUGUGUCCCUGGGCUUCACCUAACCCUAGCUGAUGUAAUACUGGGACUCUUUUCAGGCAGAUGCAUGGCUGAACAGCUUCUAGACUGAGUUUGGAAGGCAUAAUAAAUCCAUUGGCUUAGAGGGUGGAUUAGACUCUUACGAAUCAGCAUGAAAACAUUUUAGGGACAGGCCGUCCUGGUUUUGCCUACUUAUUUCAGUGCUCUCUCUAACAGCUUGUAUCAGGCUCUGGUACAUCUGGAUUGAUGGACUUCAGUCCGGUGUGGCCAUUGCUGUGUAUCUAUGAUGUGAUUUACGUCAGGGUUUGGGUCACUCCCUAAACCGCUCCAGCCCCAGUUCUAAACACCACAAAGGUUUCUUACACCUCCGAUCCACAGACAAUGUAAGCUGGCAUAUGCCAGCACUGAUAUUGAAAAAGGCGGUCACUUUCUCUUGACCUUAGCUGCUCAUUCAUGCCCUCGCACUUCCCUUAUCCGUCCUGGGGCAACGUAAAGGCUUGUGCAUCACAGCAAGCGGCUGGGGACAGCAGAAGGCAGCGUCGUCUUUUUUGGCAGCAGCGCUGGCUUAAACCCUGGUGUGGCUACGGUUUUGGCAUCACCUGUUUUCCUCUGCCAUUUCUGAUGUAGCUUGAAGUCAGGGCAAUGCAUGAUUUGAUUUUUGUACAGAAGCAGGUUGGAAAUGCCAGGUUGUGCACACAGAGGUGGAAGGCAAGUCCAAGUUUCUGAAAAUUUGCUGCAAGUCCAUAUAAACUUCCAGGGACCAGAAGUUGUAGGGUUGCAGAUGGCAUGCUAAGGAGAAAUAAUGGUGAUUGUGCGUAUUUUUGCCACCAUUUAGUUUAUAAAGAAGAUAGGAAAAAGCCUGGUUUUGUUUUACAGAGAAAAUUCCUGUGUUUGUGGAGUACUACAGCUUUCUAGAGCCCUAGUAGGACUAAGGCAGACAAAUCAUAGGUGAUAAAGCAAAUUAUCAUAACAGGAAAGGCGAUAACUUUCACAGGAAAAUGAUUUUCAUCCAGAUUUUUUGAAGAUAUAUUUUAAGGUAUGUGUAGCGAAAAUGCCAAAGCCAAUAGUUGGAAGCAAAGUUCUCUUGUUGAACAUCGGUAAAGUGCUCCUUUAAAUAAGAGCCAAGUGAGCUCCAGGGUCACAUAUCUGAAUCCAAAAAGAUAGACAAGCAGCAAAAUUGGGCAAACCAACUCAGAUAUUCCUUAGAUUAAAAAAAAAAAAAACUGAAAUAAUUGUGAAGAACGCUUUAAUAUAGAUUGUGAGCAAAGAAAAAUGUGCAAGCCCACUUUCUUUUCUCCUUUUGAAGUAUACAUCAAAAUCCUGCUAGAACUAUAUCGUCUUUCCUCCUCGUUGACAGCGCUCCUAAAACUCUGUGUUGUCCCAAGGCAUUGCAGCUCACCUGCUUCUGGUGCCCCAGUCCCUGCGUGCACCCAGACCCACAGUGCAUAGCCCAGCUCCCCUCCCUUCACGCCUGCCCACAACAGGCCUAAGUCACGAUGGCACAUCCUCUCAUAUUCUCCGAGUCAGAAAAAAGUAAUUUUGAGUGUUUAAACUCAGAAAAAGAAGUGAAGUUAAGAUUAAGGCUCUCACUGUGUACGUAACUAAAAUUCCUAGUAUUUAGGUGAAGGUGGGUAAAAGCUUGUGCCAGACAAGAAUGUUACAGAGCAAAUAAAGUCACACUGGUUCUUGGAGCCAAAUUUUAGCCAGGAAAAUCUAGUCACAAGUUUUGUGAGCCCAAAUCUUGCAUUUCCAUGCACGAGUGAGUGACAGCACAUGCAGGUCAGCUAGGUAACCAGUCAUCUGCUCAUGUGUGUAAAUACAGGCUUGCGCGUGUAAAUGUUUUGCCAGAUGAAGGUGAAAGUCUAAAAUUGGAAAAUUUGGCCCUUUUUGUCAGCCUCUACUGUAUAAACCAUGAUGUUCUAUGUUGAGCUGUAUAACCGAUAAUCCUUACUUAGGCAUAUGUAGUUACAGAUUUUAUUUGUGCUCCGUUAUGUCUCCUAAAUGGACCUCAUGGUCAUAAUUUGCUGAAAUGUUGUAGCCUGAAAGGCAAGUGAGGAAAACACAUGCUCUUUUUGAUAAAAGAGAAAUUUGAAAGGAGAGGGUGGAAAUAAACAUUUUCAAGUGCAGAAAAUGGAAAGCAGUUGCUAAAAGAUGGCUUCUGAUUUGUUCUUCAGAGCCAAAUCUUGCCUCCCUUAUUCUUGCUGUAUUAGUACCUUAUUCUGUGAGGAGCCCCAGUGAAAUUAGGGGAACAACUCGGAGCAGGGUCCUCUUUCAUGUAACCGUGGCAGAGUCUGGCCAUUAGGUGAUGAUAGGUGCAAGAGGUUUACCUGGGUAGUGUUUACUGAAUUAGACAAAAUACGAACCAUGAUCUAGGACUUUGUUUACAGGCUCCAUGUUCAUGUUUACAAACAAUGAUUUCUGAGGCUCAUGCUUUUUAUGUUUCCUGGAUGAAAAGGGCAGCCAGUGUACAGAUAUUUAUUAUGUUUACCAGCGUUUCUGAAUUGAUUUUUUUUAUAGCACAUGGUUUUAUGAAGUGUAAUAUUUUUAUAGCAGAAUGAUGAUCUUUGGACUUUCUAUAUUGUUACAUACAACUGUUUGCAAAUAAGCUCUCUGCUCCCUUUUUUCUGUGCACUGUAACCAGUGUUGCUGCUGCUACUGUCGCUGGCCUCAGCUGCUGCUGCCCCGCUGUGACGUGGGCUGAUGGUAUUGUGAAACUGUGCAAACUCACCUCAAAGAGCUGUGAUUGUGCUGAAGGGCUGGCUGCGUGCUGGGCAUCCUGGCAGGAGGGGAUGGGGAGCGCGGUUGUCCCAGGGUAAGAGUUUACUGCAGAUGGCCCCUGAGGAGAAGCCUCAGUGCUCACCUUUGUCUGUACUCCGCCACUUUGGU